ACAGUGUAAGCGCUCUGCAUCUAAUUUGCUGCUGCUUGUCAAAUAUUAAAAAUUGUUCAAAAUUUUUCAUAUUCAGUGGCCAUCCGCCAUAAAUAAAAAAAUAUUAAAGGUGACAAGGCUUACAAUCGAAUAUGAGCAAUUGAAAUAUAUCUUGUUAUCCAAGUUGAAAAGGCAAGGUAAUACAUCAAGUUAUAAAGUAUUAUGAUUUAAAAACAAUGUUGGGCAUACAAUUAAGAAUGGUAUCAUUCCGUUGUGAAAAGAUUUGUAUGUUACAUGGCUUUACCAAAUUUGGCGAAAGAUAUGCAAGAAAAAGCCACCAGUAGUUAUGAUCAAACGCUUUGAGUGGAAUGACGAAUGCAAACUAAAUUUAUUCACAAUCACAUUGAACUACGAUAAAUAAAUUCCGUAAUUAAUAGUUUAACAUUAAAGCAACAAUGAGUUCUGAGCCAGUUACCAACAAUCGCGCCAAAAGAAGCGAUCGUGACUUUAUAUUUGGGAAAGUGAUUGGUGAAGGCAGCUUCAGCGUCGUAUAUUUGGCGAAAGAUAUUCAUACUUCCAAGGAGUGCGCAAUAAAAGUAUGCGAAAAGCAACAAAUCGUACGCGAAAAAAAGCAAGACUAUGUAAAACGUGAACGUGAAGCUCUCAAUAGAUUGAGUGGCAUUUCUGGUUUUCUUAAUUUAUACUGUACUUUUCAAGAUCCACGGAACCUUUACUUUGUAAUGACUUAUGCAAGGAAAGGCACUCUACUUAAGUUGCUAGAAAAAAGCAGAACAUUCGAUGUAGACUGCGCCAGAUUUUACUCAGCUGAGAUUCUUCUAGCGAUAGAACACAUGCAUACAAACAACAUAAUACACAGGGAUUUGAAGCCGGAGAAUAUACUGCUGGAUGAGAACCACCACAUUUUAAUAGCUGAUUUUGGAUCAUCACGUUUAGAUGACGUAGAACCGAAAUGUGAGAGCAGUGACGAAUAUUCCGACAAAGAUGAUACUGAGUCUGAUUCAGAUGAACUUAAAGCCCACAUGAAGCAUUCAAAACGUAAACGCGGAAGUUUUGUAGGAACCGCUCAGUACGUUUCACCAGAAAUUUUAAAAGGAAGACGCUCCUCAAAGUGUUCGGAUUUGUGGUCAUAUGGAUGCAUAAUCUAUCAAAUGUUGACGGGUUUUCCGCCAUUCCGUGGUCCCAAUGAUUAUUUAAUUUUUCAAAAAAUUACCAAACUAGAACUAUCAUUUACAAGCGAUUUUGAUUACCAAGCAAAAGAUCUCGUCAGUAAGCUGCUUUUAUUGGAUCCAAGAAAAAGAAUUGGUGCUGAUGAUAACUCGCCUUAUGCCAGCAUUCGGAAUCAUGAUUUCCACAGAGGAAUCGAAUUUUCAGCAAUGAGGACCGGCGAUCCACCAGUUCCCAAUGAAAAUAUGAAAGGAACUUCUAUCGAUGAAAUAUCACCCACGGACGAACCUUUCAAAUUUCCCGAUAAUGUGAAACCUGGAUUGAACGUCGAAAGCUUCGCUGCUAUGAUGGGUUUAUCAUCAGAUGUUAAAACGGAAAAUGUCGUGUCGACUAGUGAAAUUGUUGAUUAUUCGAAUAUGAGCAAAGAGGAAAAGCUUUCCAGAAUAGAGAAGCAAAAUCCGACAUUUGGCAUCCAUUUACUAACGACGAACUCAUUAUCAAGCGAGGAUUUGUAAACAAACGAAAGGGAGCGUUGUAUUUACCUAGACGGCGUAUGUUGCUUUUACUACGGGGCCGCACCUUAUCUACAUUGAUCCUGUUCAAAUGGUCAAGAAAGGAGAAAUUCCCUGGAGCAAAGACCUUAAAGUUGAAAUAAAAAAUUUUAAAACGUUCCAUAUUCACACGCCUCUAAGAACAUACUAUUUGGAAGAUCCAGAAGGAUAUGCGCUCAAAUGGAGACAAGCAAUAGAAGUUACUUACAAUAAUUUAUAUAGCAAAUAGAUUGUAAAAAUAAUUAUUUAAUUAAGGCAAUAUAAAAUAAAAGCUGAAUCUAAAGAGUUUUAUUUUAGCAGCAGUGCCACAGUGUUCGGAAUGGCAAAUUUAA